UUAGUGUUUGUAAUGUGGGGUUUGUUUCUGGAAAGGAAGUGAUUUAAAUAGUUGCUACUUUAGGCAUUGAUACUUGACAUUUAAUUCAAUAAUCACUGGGAUAAGAUAAAAAGAAACAGCCUAGUCACAGGCUCUGACAACUUAUGCAUAUAUGUGCCCAAUAUUUAAUAUUGCAGAAAAGGAUUAUGUGAAGUUUUGUCUUUUAAUUACAAGCAGAAAAUAAUGACCACAUGGAAAGAGUAUGGUUUUUAAAAAUCCAUCUGUGGCCUUUCGUUCGGCCAGAGCCAGCAUCUUCCAGUCCUUCCCCAAGAUGAUGAAUGCAGAGGAAGAAGAAAGGAGAGCUCCAUCACGCAUUCUCAGGCCUUUUAGGAAACAAGGCAUUGUUCCCUUUGGCCACAUACAUAUGCAUUUACAAGGAAGGUGACAUUGUAACCAUCAAAGACAUGGGUACUGUUCAAAAAGGAAUGCUGCAUAAAGUUACCAUGGCAAAACUGGAAGAGUCUGCAGUGUUACACAGCAUGCUGUUGGCAUUGUUGUAAACAAGUCAAGGAUAAGAUUCUUGCCAAGAGAAUAAAUGUGUGUAUUGAGUGUGGGGUCUCCCCCACAGAUUCCUCUAGUACCCAGUUGCCAAAGGGGAUGAGCCUGCUGCCCGCCAUCCAGCCUCCUGGUGCACAGGAGACACACAGGGGUUCCAACUAAGCAGUUCUGAUUUAUUUGGGAAAUAGAAAUUCUUCUAUAGAGUAGGGAACGGCCUCAGGCCAGGAAUUCCCGGAGUCCCAGAGAAACUAGGAGCCAGUUGUCAUCAGCAUGACUGUGGAAGCCACUUCCCAUAGGAAGGUGGGGAGCCUUGAACACAGAAGCAGGGACUCGCAUGGCUGUCCAGAGGUGACUGUAACCAAUGAGCAACUAAAGACAGACACACACAAAUCUUUCCCAUGCUCAUUCAAGGACUGUACUGAACGAGAGCUGGUAGCAGUUAUAUGUCCUUAUUGUGAGAAGAAUUUUUGCCUGAGACACCGUCAUCAGUCAGAUCAUGAGUGUGAAAAACUGGAAAUCCCAAAGCCUCGUAUGGCUGCCACUCAAAAACUUGUUAAAGACAUUAUUGAUUCCAAAACAGGAGAGACAACAAGUAAGCGACGGAAAGGUGCAAAAAACAGUGCAACAGCUGCAAAGGUUGCCUUGAUGAAGUUAAAGAUGCAUGCUGAUGGGGAUAAGUCAUUGCCACAGACAGAAAGAGUUUACUUUCAGGUUUUCUUACCUAAAGGGAGUAAAGAGAAGAGCAAACCAAUGUUCUUUUGCCAGCGAUGGAGCAUUGGAAAGGCCAUAGACUUCGCAGCCUCUCUAGCCAGUCUGAGAAAUGACAAUAACAAACUAACAGCUAAGAAAUUAAGGCUGUGUCACAUCACUUCUGGAGAAGCUUUACCCUUGGAUCAGACUUUGGAAACUUGGAUGGCUAAUGAAGAGUACCCUUUAUAUAAUGGUGGAAAUAUCAUUUUAGAAUAUCUAAACGAUGAAGAACGGUUUUUAAAACAUGUCGACUCUUACUUGGAGUAGUCCUUCAAGGAUUCAAGCCCGAAUCAUAAAGGAAAGUCCACGUACACGUUUAAGUCAAUCUCUUGUGCCAAAAGUAUCAUUGUUUUGAAGUUGCUUUCUAACUUAUCUCCAUUGUGUUAUAAUUUAUAUUUUCAAUUUUCUUACGUAUUGCGGUUUGGUUUUAAAGUUUAUAAUGAUACUUAUUAAAAACUUUUUGUAUUGGGGCUGGUGCUGUGGCAUAUGUGCCAAGUCACCAUCUAUGACACCAACAUCCUACACGGAUGUUAGUUCAAGUCCAGGAUGGUUCGUUUCUGAACUCACUGCGUGCUAGUGUGCCUAUGAAAGCAAUGCAAAAUGGCUAAGGUGCUUAGGCCUCUGCACCCAUGUGGGAGACUAGGAAGAUGCUUCUGGCUUCAAAAAGGCCCUGCUCUG